CACAACAUCUUCCAAGGGCUUUAACUUAGUCUGCAGGCUGGGUUCGGUGGAGUCGCUGGAGCUGCAGGUAGAGUGUCUGCAGGAAUAAUCCUGGAACAGAAUUCUCUCUCGUAAGCAGAUAACCAAACAGGAAGCGAUGGGGGUUGAGAAAAUGGAAAUGGACAACAUAGACUCUACAUUAAUGGAGAAGGGAAGGAAACCACCUGCUUCUAAACCUCCAAACAAAUAUGAGAAGCUGUUUCAGCCCUGCCUGGCUGAAAUAGUGGGGACCAUGUUCUUUGUUUUCAUCGGCUGUGUGUCGGUAAUCGAGAAUGUGCCUUCAGCUGGACGGCUGCAGCCAGCACUGGUACACGGACUGGCAGUAGCAGUGAUGGUAGCUGCCAUGGAUAAGAUGGGUGUAUCACAGAUGAUGACCCCUGCAGAGCGCUACUGGAACUCAACAGGAGCUGCAUUUGAUAUCCUAAAGGCAGAUAGUCAGCUGUCAGGGGCCAUCUUUGGGGAGGUGGCCAUGACCUGCUUGGUCACCAUGGUGGUGCUGCUGGUGGCGGUCAACAGCAAGACCAAAACCCCGUUGGCUCCUUUCCUUGUGGGCUGCACCGUCAUCAUCAACAUACUGGCAGGCGGUGACGUAUCAGGAACGUGUCUGAACCCUGCCCGAGCUUUCGGUCCGGCUGUAAUGGCUAACUACUGGACCUACCACUGGGUCUACUGGGUGGGACCUUUAGGUGGGGGUCUGUUGGCCGCUGCUUUGCUCAGGCUCAUUCUCGGUGAUGAAGAGUUACGACUCGUUAUGAAGACAUAACAGCGUCAGUAUUGAGUUUUUUUUAUUACCCUGGAUGCGUCAAAAACACUGUAAACUAUCUAUGUUACAAAAGUGAAUGCAGUUGAUGUGUAGCCUAUGACGUCAUCACUCUGAUGAUUUUUUUUUCUUAAAUGUGAACUUGCUGUUCGUUAUAAAAUAAAGAUGUUGACAUAUCAAAGGUCGCUUUAUUCGUGCCAUAGCCGUUUUAAAUAAAAAUAAAAAGAAAUGGAUAGACUUGAUAUUGUUAUUGUCUCAUGUUGCGCCCAUGAACAGAGGACUCUGUCUUCCGUUUGGGCAACUUUAUUCUUCCCGGUGCUGUAGCCUGUUUCUUUAUGAUUAUCUUUCUCAAGAAGCAUCGGGUCCUCGCAACAAAAACGGCAUACAUGCGCAUUCAUCUCUAGACCACGACACAAAAGACUGUUUACGUCACCUCUGCACGCAGGCCGAUGAUAGCCUGAUAUCAAAUGUAAAUUUAAAAAAAGUUAAUAACUUUUUAAUUUCGGUACAAACUAACGUGAAAUUAAAGUAUGUUUUUUACUUAACAAAGCAAACCAAUAUGAAAUAACAGUUUAUCUUUUCUAACUUAUUGUGUAGUAUGCUUUCUUCUGUCUAAUUGAAUUUAAUAACCUACAAAUACCAUUUUUUUCUGAGACACAAAAGAGAGUAGACAGUAUCUGUUUUGGCGACGUGCAGUCGAUUUUUUUAUUUCAUUUUUCAACGAAAUCGAAAAUGGCCACAUGUGGCAUAUCGCAUCCUGCUCUGCUGGCAGCUCAGCGGUAUCUCUCGGAGAGAGCCAGAGACAGGUUGGCCAGGAAUUUAUCCAGGCACACGUGGGCCUCGGGGGUAAGAUCCUGGGGGUACAACGUGGCGAUCACCACGAGAAUGCAGUGGGACAGGAGCUGCAAAAUAAAAGAGGAAACACCUUGAGCAAACCUUCAAAAAAAACCUGUAUCAAAUCAAUAUGAAUUUAGAUUUUAUAUCAGAGUUUACUUGUAAAGUUGAUUGCAAACUUUGUGUCCCUAAUUUGUUCGUACAAUCAGAUCUACUCGUUCAUACCAGUAAAUCCCGUUUUUUUUUUUUUUUGCUUUUCUUUGAACGUAACCAAUAGACCUGAAUCUGAGUCAGCAUAUUUAUUCUAAUCAGGAUGUGAGUAUGAAGACAAUGAGAUGUCUCACCCUGAAGUUGGCCGGGUCCACUCUCAGCUGGAAGGCGUGCUGCUCGCUCAGUUCCAGCAGCCCCUUGGUGAGGUCGUCGAUCUUGGACACUGCCAGAGCGACUCCACCCAUCACCUUCUUUCCGUGGGCCUUCACGGAGGCGGAGUUGACACCCAAGUCUGUCCAGUGGGAGAAGUAGAUCUUGGACUGGGGAUACGUGGUGAACAGCCUGUAAGGAGGGGCAGAAGAUUAAAAAAAAACA